GAUAGGGGUAUCGGAGAUGGGGAUGCUUAGAUGAUUAUGUGGCAUACUAGGAGAGAUAUAAUUAGAAAUGAAAGCUAUAAGAGGCAAGGGGGGAGUUGCCUCCAUUGUGGAUAAGAUGGGGAAGUGAGUUUUGGAUGGUUUGGACAUGUGCAUGUGAAGAGGAGGUGAACAAAUGCGCCUAUUAGGAGAUGCAAGAGGUUGACUAUAGUAAAAGCUAGGAGAGGUAGAGAUAACUAUGACACAAUUUCAGAUAAGUACAUGACCCAAAACAACGGUUUGAAGGUUGAGUACUAAGGUAAAUGUUAGGAGGCAGUCGAGUGUUCUCGUUCUAUAUGUAGGAAACGUGUGGGCCAUCCUCCUCCUGUCAUCUUGUCAAUUUUAGUAGUAUUAAUUAAUAAUUACACAAGUGAGCUCAUACAACAAGUUGAUUGUAGCCAUGGAUUUCUUUCUGAUUGUCCUUACGCUUGCUAUCUCCUUUCUUCUUUCCUUCUUUCUUCACAAACUAAUUUUCUCAGUUAGACAGAGUAGAAAGGUACCUGAAGCUGACGGAGCAUGGCCGAUUAUCGGCCAUCUCCACCUCCUCAAUGGAUCUCAAAUGCCACACAAAAUUUUUGGUCAUAUGGCUGAUAAAUACGGGCCAAUUUUUCGAUUAAAGUUGGGCGUAAAUCAAGUAGUAAUUGUGAGUGAUCACAAAAUAGCCAGAGAAUGUUUCACCACAAACGAUAUGGCAUUUGCAAAUCGGCCAAAAUCCAUAGCUUCAGAGAUCUUAGGCUACAAUUAUGCCAUGUUUGGGCUUGGGCCUUAUGGACCGUACUGGCGGGAGAUAAGGAAAAUUGUCACAAUUGAGUUCCUUUCAGCUCAGCGAAUUGACAUGUUUAGCCAUGUUCAAGAAUUUGAAGUAAAAUCAGCUGUUAAAAAGACAUAUGAAUAUUGUUUCAAGAAUAAGAGUAGUAACUUAAAUGAUGUUGUGAAGAUGGAGAUGAAGGAAUGGUUUGGGAACUUAAUUAUGAACACCAUGGUGAAGAUCCUAUUUGGAGUACAAUACAAAGAUAAUGAAGACAGAAGUAAGGCUCACAAAGCAAUUCGGAGAUUUGUUGAAUUAUUUGGGGUUUUUAUUGUGGCUGAUUUUUUACCUUAUCUAAGAUGGCUGGAUAUUGGUGGCCAUGAGAAGGCCAUGAAAGAAACUGCUAAAGAAAUAGAUAUUAUUCUUGAAGAUUGGUUAGCAGAGCACAAAAGAAAGAGGAAAUUAAAGGGAAAUAAAUCAGGAGACGAAGAUUUCAUGGAUGUCAUGUUGUCCAUUUGUGAAGAUAAAGAUCUUUAUGGUUUUGAUGCUGAUGCCGUUAUCAAAGCUACUUGUAUGGCUAUGCAAUCGGCAGGUACUGAUACUACAAUUGUAACUCUAACAUGGACUCUAUCUUUACUCCUAAACAACUACGAAGCCCUUAAAAAGGCCCAAGAUGAGCUAGACAUUCAUGUUGGCAAGAACAGAUGGGUCCAAGAAUCAGACCUCAAGAACUUAGUUUAUCUUCAAGCUAUUGUUAACGAAUCGUUGCGUUUAUAUCCAGCCACACCACUCAUGCUACCUGAGUCGAUUGAGGAUUGUGUUGUUGGUGGCUACGAUAUACCAAAAGGCACUCGCUUACUACUGAACAUAUGGAAAAUUCAUUAUGAUCCGGAUAUUUGGCCAAAUCCACAGGAGUUUAAGCCAGAUAGGUUCUUGACGACUCAUAAGGAUGUCAAUGUAAGAGGGAAUCACUUUGAGUUGAUGCUGUUUGGUAGCGGAAGAAGAAUGUGCCCUGGAGUUUCUUUAGGCCUUCAAGUUAUGCAAUAUGUGAUGGCUGUGCUACUGCAGGGGUUUAAAAUUACGAGUCCUUCAGAUGAACCAAUUGAUAUGAGUGAGAAUUUUGGAUUGACCAUUCUAAAAGCUUCUCCACUUGAAGUUCACCUUGCUCCACGCUUGUAUUCUAAUCUUUAUGAAUUAAAUAAUGAUCUUUUCUAGUGAAGUAAGGUUAUAAUUAAGUAUAAUAUUCAAUAGUUA